CUCUCUCUCUCUCUCUCUCUCCCACUCCCCCCGCCUCCUCCUCAUUUCCAGAGUGGCAGCGCUGGCAUAGCAUCGUUUAGAAUAUCCUGAGCCGGGGACGAGCUGCGGUAGCUGCAUGUGCGCACCCCACAUAGCCGGUGAACCCAAACCCACAACAGUGGAUUUAUCAGACGGGGGGUCUGCUCUCAUCCUGGGCGCAGCGUGACAAGAUUCAAUUGUUUGCGGGGAAAUUAAUAAAGCUCCUGUCCUUUCCUGUCCUGUCCUGUCCUGUCCACAUCGGCCCCUAAGAGUGGGAAGACACGGGACCUCUGCACUGUGAAGAAUCACUCCUGUGCCCUGCGCGGAGAGCAGCCACUGACUCGGCAGACGCACCAGAAAGGGCAGCAGGGAUAUAGGAAGGUGGAGGAUAUUUUACGCACAGCAGCACGCAGUAGCCGGGAGUCUCCUGCUCCGUUUAGGUCUCAACACAGUCGCUUCGUUGGAUUUGGACUUGACUAAGUCCACAUAGCCCACAGCAGUCGGCUGGGAUGGAUUCCUUCAUCAUCGCGGCUCUGGCAGUGUGCUCUCUAACGGCACCAGCCUAUGGCGACAAAGGGACCAGCAAAGCCCGGAGUUGUUCGGAUAUCAGGCAGUUUUAUAGCGGGAAAGGAUUCGCUCUGGAGGGUGUCCCUCAGUCCGAAAUAUCAGGGGAGCACCUGCGCAUCUGUCCCCAGGGUUACACCUGCUGCACCAGUGACAUGGAGGACAACUUGGCAUUGCUAAGCCGCAGGGAGAUGGAGGGACUCCUCAAAGACGUUGGCCGAUCCUUACAGGCCUCACUCACUGGACAGUACAAGGCCUUUGAUGGUUCCUUCCUGGAGUUGCUGAACCGCUCGAUGAUUAGUCUACAGGAGACUUUCACUCCAACUUGGGGCUCCAUAUACUCCCAGAACUCCCAAGUCUUCUCUGACCUGUAUACGGAUUUGAGGCACUAUUACCGAGGCUCCAAUGUCAACCUGGAAGAGGUGCUCAACGAAUUCUGGGCCAAGCUGCUGGAGAAGCUCUUCUAUCAGGCAAACAAGCAAUAUGUCAUAGGUGAGGACUACCUGGAGUGUGUGUCCAAGCAGAUAGAGACACUACGGCCCUUUGGAGAUACACCCCGUGUGAUGAAGAUGAUGGUCACACGAACAUUUGUGGCCGCACGCUCUUUUGUUCAGGGACUGGUGGUCAGUGGGGAGGUGGUGCGCAAAGUGUCCCAGGUGCAGCUGAGCACCGAGUGCACGCGGGCCAUGAUGAGGAUGACUUACUGUCCCCACUGCCGCGGCAUGGCCUCUGCCAGACCAUGUGCCAACUACUGCAGCAACGUCAUGAAGGGCUGUCUGGCCAACCAGGCGGACCUCAACACCGAGUGGCGACAUCUGGCAGAAACAAUGAUGCAGGUGGCCGGUCGCUUCAAUGGUCCAUCCGGUGUGGAUACCGUGGUCCUUACCAUCCCCAAUCGCAUCUCAGAAGCCAUGUCUACCAUGAUGGAGAACAUAGAGCCCAUCAACAGCAAGUUGUUCCAGGCAUGUGGCAACAUCAGAGAGAUAGGAACCAGUAGUUCGGGACCCGACGACACCAUGAAGAGAGGGAAGGUUACAGUGGAGGACAAGUUGGGAACCAGCUCUAAAAUGGAUAAAUUGGUGUCUGAUGUAACCGUGAGACUGAGGGACAUGCAGCCGUACUGGGUUUCUCUCCCAAACGUUCUCUGCAGUGACAGAGUGGCCACUGGAACCGGGGCUGAGGAUAAGUGUUGGAACGGCAUGAACCGUGCCAGGUACCUUCCCGAGGUGAUGGGUGAUGGCCUCGCCAGCCAGAUCAACAACCCUGAGGUGGAAAUCGACAUCACCAAACCAGACAUGACAAUACGGCAACAGAUAAUGCAGCUGAAGAUCAUGACGCACCGUUUGAAGAAUGCUCUCAACGGCCAGGAUGUGGACUUUCAGGACACCAGUGAUGAUGUCAGCGGUUCAGGAAGCGGCAUGUGCGCCGACAAUACGUGUUCCCGUGGCCCACGCCUUGUCACCAUCACCGACCGACCCAAAUUCAUUCAACCCCCUCCAGUAAACGAAGGGGUGAAAGGAAACGGCAAGAAGAACCUCCCCUGCAUUACCAUUUACCUGCUUCCGCUGCUUAUUUUGCUGCUCCGGCGAUAAUUGACGGGGAAUCUACCAACUGGGACUGAGUUCGGGACACGGAGGUUGGGGAGAGUCGGAAAGGGGAGGGAGGAGAAGUUGAGGGUUAGUUACUUUGCCAAAACUAAAUACUAAGUAUAAGGAAACAACAACAAAAAUCGCUUGGAUGGACUUCCUUUUGGUUUUGGAUUAGAACAAAAUGGAAUUAUGAGUAUUCAUAAAUGUUUUGGUUCUGCUCUUUUCUUUUAUUUCUUGCUAUAUUAUGACACCAUUAGAGCUGGUCUUUUCGCAUCGUCUGAUGUUUUGUUUCUGGGUUUUUUGGGUUCUCUGAGAUUAUAUCUGUACCUAAGACAUGUGUAAGACUAUAUUGCUCACAGUAUGUUGGUGUUGACACCACAGGGAGAGGGAGAAUGGGGCUUUGCAGUGGCGCUUGGAUACAUAUAUUUGUUAUUCCACUCCUUCUUUUAAAACAGCACUUGUGUUCAGUAGAAUAAUUUAUUGAUCAUUAACCCAUAACAGAGCCCCGAGUGGUUUAAUCACUCUCCAAUAUUUAUAGAAAAUAUAGAUGAACCUCAAACUUAAAUGAAAUACAAUAUUGAUGACUUUUAAAGGAGGAUAGCACGACCCAGCAGACCUCUUAAUGCAUUAAGCCUCACAAUAUGAUUACACUCACACACACUCUCUCGCGGCAAGGAUGUGAGCACUCGGCGUCAGCACUUUUUUUUGCCAUUUCAUCAUGUAAGCUGUAAUAAUAGCCAUGAUCACAUUCACACUGACACGAUCGUCUAACGUGGGAGUAACGUGACCCGUCUGCCGCUCCAUCUAUCCGCUCAUCCCUACAUUCCCCCUGCUGGGGCAGAUCUCCCCCCCCCCCACACCCUCUCUCUCUCUCUUCAGACUCUGCUGGCUGUGUGGGAUCAACUCGAGAGUCUGGUGUAAGCAAAACACAUGCUGGGCCGGGCCAGGUCUCAGAUGACAGCAUCUUCCCACUAUAGAGCACUGUGUGUGGAAUGGCGGUGUCAGUUUAAGAUUGCUGUCACGGCAACGGACUGACAGCUCAUGAUUUUGGAAACGUGUAGCAGAACUGAAAUGUACACAGAAGCAAAAACACGGCUGUCAUGUAGCGCUUUUUUUUUCCAGUGUUGUUUUUAUGUGCACAGCAGAGCGACAAUAUAAUAUGCAUAAUUUUGUGUGUUCCCUGCAAAGGCCCAGUGCUCCUGUGAUUAGUAUCCAAAUUGCAGCUUGCGUUUUUCUGUCUCAUUGCAGCAAUGAUCCAUAUCACAGUAAGAGCCACACCAUGCACGUCUUUGAAUCAGACUUACCUAUUUGUAUGGCAGAUACAACAGUGUUCAUGCUUUUGGUUUCUUCUUUUUUUUAUUUUUCCAGAUAAGAAAUUGCCAUUUAACAAAAUGUUAAAACGGCCGGCAUCUUAUGCCAUGACUCUUAUAUCAUUCAUCAUCCGUCAUCGCGUAUCCAUAUCUGCCUUCCAUUUCUCUGCAACUUUUCUAUAUCAGUGCCUCUUUAUUCCCACACCCUCCACCCGCUGCCCUCCUCCCCGCUCAUCCGUUCUAAUGACCUUUAAAGCGUCCCUCAUGUUUCCUCAGUACAUUGUGGCAAGGCAAUAUGACAAUGACACAGUCUUUCAGUAUGUGUCAACCUUAUUGGGAAUGUUGUGGGCACACCGUUUUAAGGCUUUUCCUGAUGAGAAGCUUGUUUGGGAGGAAUCAUACCACAUGGGUGUACAGGAAGACGGGACGAUGCUUGCAUGUGUGUAUAUUUGUGUGUGAAUGUGUGGACUUGUCUUUGAUUGUUAGAGCAAAGGAGGGACAGACGAUAGAGCCUUUUUAAAUUUUGUUUGGAGGGCACAGAGAUGAAAUGUAUUAAAAUAUAUUAAACUAACAUUGUCUGACUUUGUGCGAUACAACUCACAGCAAUGGGAGACUAACAUAGCUCAUUUUCCCCCCUAAAAAUUGCAUUUUCAGCUACUACUGAAAUAUCUCCCAAUCCAUAUUGAUGGUCUCUCUGCUUGUAUUGUAUGUGACCGACAUAUUCAAUUUGGAGGAGAGAUAUUUACACAUAUUUAAAAAUACAUCACUGCUUUAGUUGCACGCUGGGACAAUCCACCAUGAUUCAUUAAAAAAAACACUAUAUGCAUCUGACAGUUGAUUAUACUGCAGAUUUAAUUAAGUUGUUGGAGGCUCUGUCAAAUUUUGAGAACCACAUCUGUUAGAUACUUAAUUACUGCUCUGAAAAAAGGUGAGGCUGUUGUCAUAAGUGUUACCAGACAUGUUACUUUGAUGAUAUUUUCGUUUUUUUCCCCCUCGACUUGCUUAAUUAAUGAUUGCUAUGUUUGCUGUGCCUAUGUGUGUCUAUGUGCGGCGUGUGUCUGUCUUUCUGUUAGUCCCUGGUUAAAGAAAUCUGCCUGUGACUGCCUUUGACACUUUGUCUAGGGUUGGGGUCCAUUUUUAGAUUCAGAAACAGAGAUAUAAUGAUAUUAGAUAGGGGGGAAAUACACAUAUUGAACAAAGAACAACUAGUAAGAGCAAUACAUUAGUUUUCUUUUUAGUGAUCCUCUAGACAAAUCUGAAUUUGAAUGUGAAAGUCCACAUUAAGCCCUGUAAAGAAUGAGAAAUGACUCCAACUGUGAUGGUGACAUUCCAAUUCAAAGACAACUUGCGACUCACAACUUCAGUUUCAAUGACUGCCUCACAAUGUCAUCGGCUGAAAUUUGCACAACCCCCCCCCCCCCCGCUCUCCUUCUCCACCUUUUGAUCUCAUUAGUUUGUUGCUCAAAGUACCCCUCCCUUUUAUAAAACCUGCACUUUUAUGAGGCCAAUGAAUGGCAUUGUCUGCACAAAAACAUGACAAGAUGGUCGAUCAAUUCGUGAGUCAACACCUUCCAAAAAACGACUAUUGAUUGGGGAUGUGUGUAUGCAGAUAGAUAUGGCCCAGCAAGACGUCUCCUGUUCAACUAUGGUGAAGCAGUGUAAAAACAAAGCGGCAGGAAGAAAGGUUCGUCCAGAGUGCUGAUCUUAAAUCAGUGGGUGCACCCUAAUCCUGCACUCAUUCAUUAGGUGGAAAAAUGCAAAGCUGGUUAUCCCACCGUUUAAAGACGGCUUUAUUCUACACUGUUUGUUGAAUACAAGGAAUUUCUUAAAGGUGCCAAUUUAUGAGGAACAAAGUACUUUUAAUUCUCGUUUUUUAUGUACUUUGGUUUUGUUGUUAUCAGAAAUCUAUGGAGAGUUUGUGCUUAUGUUGAAGAUAGAUGCCAGAAAAAGGUUUGAAAAAUACAAAUGUCUCAUUUGCUGUUGUACCUGAAAUCUUGUGUCAAUUAUAUACAUUGUAAGAUUUUCAACA